AUUGUAGAAGAAAUCCAGAGAGACAACUACGUUUAGCUGCUGGAGCUAGCUGGCUAGCGACCAGGACGGACUACUCUGGCGGGGACGGCUUUAUUUUCAGCGGGGGUUUAGUCAUUUUUCAGAGGAGGACAUGCUAUUCAUAUUCGGUAAAAGAUACGUGUUUUUGGUUUACAAGAGUUCGUUUGUGGAGUGAGACGAGCAGCGAGGGAGGGAUCGAUGUUAGCUCGUUAACCCGCUGUAACGUUAGCUACCUCGGCUUCACUCUUAUAUAAAAACAACAGCCGAUCAGCUGCGACUCACUGGAGUAAGUCUGUAGCGAAGAUAUAUCAGAUUUAUCCUCAACCGUCAUGUACUGUGAACUAUUUCAAAACUUAAAGUUGUCCUCUGUUGAGUUUACAUAACGUUGGUAUCUUAACGGCGAGACCAAAUGGAUAUUAAGCUUCUUACUUGCUAAGCCCGGAGGAUUUUUAACCAUCGGCUCUCGACUAACAUAAAACAUGCUAUAGAGUAAAUUUAAGUGUUUUCUUGAAAACGACAUUAUCUGUGAUUUCCACAUAAUCAGACCGCCUCCUGGCUGUUUACGGGGGCAAAAGAGGGCUGGCAAGUGGAAGUAAAUAAAGCCGACCUUCUGCCUCCGAGGAGCCUUACCCGGUGUUUGCAGGUAAAGCGCAUCUGCUGGUGCCUUUAUUGGUAGAGAGGCCAUAGCUGACUGUUUGUGGGACUUUGAAACGGACCAACAAUAUUACACAGACGUCCUCUUUUAUCGGGUGUGCAGUAACGUAGUAUGACUCUGAAUGAGUCCUAAUCUACUUCCAAUGGCGAGCAGUCGGUAUCGGGCACAAUCGGUUUGGUUAGACAGAAAGACGUUAAAUGAUAGUUAUCCUUACAUAGGGAUAUGAUUUCUGAACAGCGUGGAAGGGUAGGUCUGCCUUUUGCAGACCAUCAGUGAACAUCUUCGCUGUCUGGUUUUGAAGAAGAUGGAGACGGGCGUUAGGUCUCACCAGGGCGAGCUGUUCGUCCACCCGCUCUCCAACCCCGGGGCUGCGGGAAUCUGCCCCGAAAUGCUGGAGGUGGCAGAGGAAGCCAGUCGGGCUGGAGACUUUAACCUGGCCGUGGAGAUCUACAGCUCCCAGCUCGCAGACCUCCAGCAGCCGGACAGGGGCUUGUGUCUGAGAAAAGCCGACACUCUGGCCCGCGCCGGGCGGAUAUCUGAAGCGUUGGACUCCUACUGCAUAGCGGCCAGCCUGGGCAAACUGCGCCCGCAGGAGCUUCCCCUCCUGGUGGAAACCAUCGCUCAGACUCUCCGCGAGAAAGAGCUGGGCAUCCCCGGGACGUUAAACGGACAAGUUAAAAGCAGCAAUGGGGGAGAUGGGGUUGAAAGUGAUGCUGAGUGUGGAGAGGAUGAAGCCCUGGACUUGUUUUCCUGUCGCCUCUGCAAGUGUCUGCUCCAUGAGCCCGCAACCGUGGAGUGCGGACACACUUUUUGCAAACGCUGCUUGGAAGACGACUCUGUCAAAGACUGUAUACACUGCAAACAAAACUUGAACAAAAAAGAUGGACUGCCGAACGGCCGGAGAUUAAACGUAGUUCUCAGCGGCCUGCUGGAUAAACUGUUUGCAACUGAGAGUAAAUCUAGGAAAUUCUGGAUCGAGGGGGAGGUAUUGUGGAAAAAAGAGAGCCUCACGGAUGCUUUGGAGAAGUACAACGCAGCAGUGGAUUUAGUGCCCUCUUCAGGCAGAUUGCUGUGCCAGCGGGUUGAGCUUCACAUGGAGAUGAGGAACUUCAGUCAGGCAGUGCAGGAUGCCAGCAGCCUCUGUAGGAUAAAACCUCUCUGGACAAAGGCUCACUAUCUGAAAGCCACAGCGCUGAGUAAAGCAGCUCGGAAUGAUGAGGCCUUGCAGGAGUAUUUCCUGUGUGUGGCGCUCAAACCUGACUGGACCAAAGUCAAACUGGAGGCUCAGAAGGUCCUUAGUGAACUAUUCUCCUCUGUGUUUGAGAAUGAGGACCUGCCAACACCCGUGCACCCUCUGCAGGGGGGGUUGGCCACCCGCCUCAUCAAACCGCCCGCCUUGCUCAGGUCCCUGAGGCCGCUCACACAGAGACCUGGUUCCUCCUCACAGGACUCAGAGUUCAGUGUGACUAAAAGCGCUCCAGUGGAUGACUCGUCCUCCAGACUCUCCGCUCUGUCUGCUGGUAAAUCGGACUCUCCUGCAGGGGAGGGUAGCACCAAGAGCCUGGUUGAUGUUCUGGCUUCACUGCCAGCACCCCCCGGUGGCCUUAAGAGGAAACACAGUGGAGACGGACCCUUGGCAAAUCUGAACACCCCCUCCAAACUCCUCAGACCUGAUGAGACAAGCAGCUUACAGACGGCUACAGUGUGUGGAGGGAGGAUGGUUCCUGCUGAGCUGUUGGACAGUGGAGACAUGGAGUGUUCACUCUGCAUGAGAUUGUUCUAUGAGCCGGUUGCCACUCCCUGCGGACACACCUUCUGCCUCAAAUGUCUGGAGCGUUGCCUGGACCACAACCCCAACUGCCCUCUGUGCAAGGAGAAUCUGUCUGAGUAUCUGGCUACCAGGGGUUACAACAAGACCCUGCUGAUGGAGGAAGUGUUGCAGCGUUACCUAGGAGACGAACUGGCAGAAAGGAAGAAGAUCCAUGAGGAAGAGAUGAAGGAGCUGUCCAACUUGAACCAGGAAGUGCCUAUCUUUGUGUGCACCAUGGCCUUCCCCACCAUUCCCUGUCCGCUGCAUGUGUUUGAACCACGCUACCGCCUCAUGAUCCGUCGCUCCAUGGAGACCGGUACCAAGCAGUUCGGAAUGUGCAUAGCUGAUGAGCUCAAAGGUUUUGCUGACUAUGGCUGCAUGCUACAGGUGCGGGAUGUGAAAUUUUUUCCUGACGGUCGUUCGGUGGUUGACACCAUCGGUGUAUCGCGGUUCAAGGUUCUCAGCCAUGGCCAGAGAGACGGUUACCACACUGCCAAGAUAGACUACCUGGAAGACAAGAAGGUGGAAGGGGAGGAGCUGGUGGAGCUUCUGAAGCUGCAUGACUCUGUGUACGAGCAGGCCAACAGCUGGUUCACAUCCCUGAAGGACAACAUGAAGAGCCAGAUCCUCAGCCACUUUGGACACCUUCCCAGCAAAGACCCCGACCCACAGGCUAGUCCCAGUGGUCCGGCCUGGUGCUGGUGGCUGCUUGCUGUCCUUCCGCUGGAGAAUCGAGCCCAGCUUACCAUCCUGGCCAUGACCUCCCUCAAAGACCGCCUCAUCGCCAUACGCAGGGUCCUCAUCUUCGUCACGCGCAAGAGGCCUCGGUGAUUGUCCAGCUAUGCGGGGGGCAAACCAGAAUUGCUUGGGCUUCUAUGCAGUUCAACAAUUCAUUCAUUCAUUUGGUCAUUCAUUUGUUCACACAUUGACUGGUACAUUCACUCAUUUAGACAUGUGUUUACACACUCCUACGUCUACUCAUUCUCUCAGAUGCUCAUGAAGUCCUUCCUGUGUCAUGCAGCCUCUCUGAGCACAUGUCAGUUCAGGUGAGAGCGACAGGUAGGCUGGGCUGCAAGCACGAGGUCAUUCCUGCUUUCUGUUCUAUCCACCUGUCUGUUCAUCCGGUCACCCCUUACUGGAUUAACCUAUCACACGUUUCUGAAUGAGUGACCUCUCACCUCUUGUCUCUGUCGAGGCCGAGGUAAAAGCUGUUUCAUUUUCGUUUAGGUCACUUCUGCGUAAUAUGCCCGACUCUCUGUUAUGAAGGAACAAAAACCUGUAAUCACAAAGACAGUGUGAGCAGGAAAGGACCAGGUUCAAGAGGAAUUGAUUUUUUUCUACAUAAAGAAAGCAGUAUUUCACAUGAACUGAAACAGAAGUUGGCCGGCCACAGAGUGCUGCACAUGUGCCCCCCCCCCCCGCAUCCACAACCAGGACAGUUUGCACAGAAACAAAAACAAGGAAAACCUCACCUACUGAAAUAUGAAGCAAAAACAGAAACACUUGGCAUGACGGCAGUGUACACAAAAGUGAAUGUACUGGUCUGGCUGUAGUAGGUGGAUGUAUUUCCUCCCUACUACAUUUACAGAGUCUAUUUGGCAAGGUGCACAUGAGGUCAGCUUCCUGCAUGUGCACCAGUAACAGCUGCUUCACUCUAAAUCUUCCAGACUGAGCCAAAAUUGAUGUGCACAAACGUUGUAUCAGCUGCUCACCUGGCGGUGGGCAUGUACCUCAGUUUUUCUGAUAGAAAGCAGUGGGCGCUAUGAGAGUUGUUGCGUUGAGAUAGAAUGGUGAUUACGCCCAUGCUAACACUAAAAACCAUCAAAAACAGCAUUUGAGAACAAGUGUAACUCAACAGCAACAUGCUCCGCUUGUUCUGAGGGGAGAUUUAAGUGCAAGUCGGGCUAUCACUCAAGUUGUAGUUGCAUUUAGGAAAAUACAUCCUCCCAGAUUCAGUCGAUCUGGAACUCUCUGUCCUAUUGUAGCAUAUCUCUGGGACGUCAAUUAUAGACUUAGUUUUAAGGGUUGAUUUUGUAUUUUUGUUGUUAGUUUUUUUUUUUUUUUUUCGUUUCUCUCUCUGCUAUGCCCUUAAGUGUAUGUGUCUGGUGAAAUCUUAAGUGAUUUAUAUGUACUGUAUAUCAAUGUAACUCGGAGGCCUUUUUAAUGUUUUAUUUAAGGAACAUUUCACCCUCUCUCUCUCUCUGUAUUUCUCUUUUUCUGUCAGUACAUUUACAUGGACACUGUAAUGCGAUUACUGCCAGUAACCAGCUUAAAGGUACCCUGUGGGAGUUUUCUUAUAAAUAAUUAGUUAUUUUUAUAUUCAUUGUUUCUACCAAAACAUAUUGUGUUGUCCUUGAGGCAUAACGCGUUGAACAAUUUUUCUUCCUCAUAAAACAUUUGCAAAUAUUUAAAAAUAAUUUUGAACUUGAAUGGUUUCAUCUUGUUUCCUGUCCUUCACUGGCAUGUUGCUGUCUGUUGGUGCGUGACUGUAUCAUUGCUCAAUAGUGCCACUGGUGGUCAAAAACUCAGGAAACUUUGAUGAAAAUUGGUUAAACACUGCACAAUAAUAACAAUAAUGGCCACCAACCCAAAUUUACAUAAUGAUUGGGUUAAAGGUACCUCAUGGAGUUUUGGACCACUGGUAGCGCUAUGGAGCAAUGUUUGUUUAUAUCCUCAGCAUGAGCACCCAGGCUACACAAUACAUACUCCUUGCCAACGGUUGCUAAAAGCUAUUUCAGUGACUGACCGUUGGUAGUGGUAACAUGCCAAGGAACGUAGCAACGCACCAGCAAAAUGCAGGCAAGAAAAGGAUUGAUGGAAACAAUGCAGGUUUCAAAAUAAUCCAAAAAUGGACUUUGCAGAUGUUUUGAGGAAGGAAAAGGCCUCAGAGAUACACACAAUUAAUUUUGAUGAGAAAGGUAGAAUGCAAACAUGUAGAAGAAAACACCACCGAGUACAUUUAACGUGUUGAAGGUUGAGCGGUGAAGGAAAUGAACUAUUUCUGCAAGUCACCAAGUGAAAUCAGUUCACAAGCCACCGUAACUCAAGAGUGAAGAGCAGGUUGGGUCUUUCAGUCACUUUAUGCUUAACUUUAACCUGGUUAAGUUGUUUUCAUAGGACAGUUGUGGUUGUAACUGCAGUAUUAGCGUUGGUGUAAAUGUACUGUUUCUCUGUAUAAUUCUGUCCUUCCAAAUGUUUGUGACUCCACUGCAGUCACUUGCUCUCUAUGUGGGGGCAGGGUUCACAACAUGCUGCAUUUCCCUGGUAUAUUUGUAAAGGGGGAUCUUUUACCUAUUUUUUAAUGCAAAUAAAGAAAGACACAUUCA